CAGACCGGAAGACACGUGUUUGCUGUUUGGACUGAACUGAAGUAGCACCAGCGUCGUGUUUCUUGAUCGGAAAACCGCCAUAUAUUUGCGUCUAAUUCCCCGUUUGGGAUCGGACAUAGUCCACGUCAGUCUGGAAACAUGUCUUCGUUCAGGAAAGCGUUGAAGUCUCGCCAGAGAAACCACCAUGAGCGAUCCCAGCCUGGUUUUAGGAAUCACUUGGGGCUGCUGGAAAAGAAAAAAGACUACAAACUCCGUGCCGAAGACUACCACAAGAAACAAAACACCCUCUCAGCUCUGCGGAAGAAGGCUCUGGAGAAGAACCCUGAUGAGUUCUACCAUAAAAUGAUCAGCACCAAACUAAAGGACGGGGUCCAUAUUGCAAAAAGGAAAGAUGAGGAAGAGGAGGAGAUGACAGAAGAGCAGAAGAAAGUGAUGCGCACUCAAGAUAUGAAAUACGUGGAGAUGAAAAGAGUUUCUGAGGCUAAAAAAAUUGAGAGGCUGAAGGGUGGGCUCCAUCUUCUCAACGCAGAAGGCAAACAAAAAAACAAGCACACGUUUUUUGUGGACACAAAAGAGGAAGUGAAGUCUUUCGACCUGGCAAAACGCCUGAACACAGCUCCCGAGCUUGUAGACAGAGUUUACAACAGGCCCACACUCCAAACCCUGAAGACAAAGAGUAUCAUGGGAGCAACUGAUAAGCGCAGUGUGCAGAAGAUACACAGACAGAGCAAACACCAGUAUAAGAUGCUGUCCCAGAGAAUUGACAGGGAGAAGAAAAUGUUUGUCAUUGUUGAGAAAAUCCAGACACGCAAGGACCUUCAGGACAACAGAAAGAAGGUCAAGGUACAGAAGGAGAAACAAAAUUCUGCGGCCAUCUACAAGUUUGAGACCAAGAGGAAACGUUAACCUCCCUAAACCUGCUGCAGUGGUUGAGUUCUGUAAAUAUGAAUACAAAUAUUAGUUUCUUUCAAUAAUAAAA